UAGGCCGCGGGAUGGACCUGAAAAGGUGUGCCAACGAGUGGAGAGAAGAGACAGCUUCUACGGUUUUCAGUCGAAUACGAGGCAUGUCAAGCCAACGAUAGUGCACUUUCAGGUCUUAUGACGACCCGGAUCAGAAUAUCUUCAGCUGGAGUUGUAGUUUUGGUCUCAGAGUUUACCAGUGAUAAUAGGACAGCUGCGAUAUACCUUCGUCUAAUAUAUCAGGUCCGCAAGCAAGUGGAUGAGCACCCUCAGCAGUCAACGCUACUAAAGAUCACCAUUGAAGUAUGAGGUGAUGGUUCUAUUACAGGCAAAGAAGAAUUGUGUCUAUGAAUCCCCUUUUGCAGGUUGCACACGAGAAGACGACUAAUUAAUAAGUUAGAUACUGCUAUGUCGUCAACUUUUAUUAUCGAAUAUUUCGUUUUUUUUGGGUGACUCGUAUUGUGACGGUGUGCAAAUAUGUCUCCUUGUAUACUGUUCUUGUGAGCCCAACGCAUACGAACCAAAAUGUCUACCUAGCUUGAGCUUUAAGCUGGGGUUCAGACUAACUGCUUACAUUGGCUUGGAAAGUAUACUCAUACUUGCAGAACUGUAGCUCUUUACUGACCUUAAGGAGCACUGCAUUUUAACGGUGGCAACAGAUAAUUUUAACUUUCUAAAACUGAAUUCUUAAAGAAGUUCAUUCUUAUGUCCUGCCUUGGUGACAUUCCUCGUUUGUUGUCGUAAUAUGAACAUCUGGUUGCAGAGAAAUCAGCUGAACUAGAUAAUGAUAUGUUCUGGCUUUAAUGUGAAUCGAAGUAUAUUCAACGUGGUAACCACUUGAAUAGAGUGGCGCUUACUUGCAUCAUCGCAUCUCUGCAGUGUCUUGUGGUAUAAAUCCGCUGACCAUAUGCUUCAACAUCUGCAGCUGAGAAACCUCCUGUGGGCAACUUCCAAGCAUGAUGUGUACGUGAUGCAGAACUACUCUGUGAUGCACUGGUCAUCUCUGGUCCAGAGCGGAAAAGAAGUGCUUAAUGUUGCAGGCCAAGUUGCUCCAACUCAGACUGUCCGUGGAGCUCGACCCUUGUCAAGAGUGCAGAUCAGCACCAUGGCAGUGAAAGACAAUCUCCUGGUGGCUGGUGGUUUCCAGGGGGAGUUCAUCUGCAAGCAUGUCGACCAACCUGGAGUAGCGUUCUGUACGAAUCUGACCGGCAACAAAAAAUCCAUCACCAACGCUGUCGAGAUCUACGAAUCACCCAAUGGCGGCGCUACCAGAGUAAUGGCGGCGAACAACGAUUGCGUUGUCAGAACUUUUGACACGGAGAAGUACAGCCUGCUCACCGGGUUCUCGUUCCCAUGGUCGGUCAAUAACAUGUCCGUCAGUCCCGACGGGAAGCUGCUCGCGGUUCUCGGUGAUAGCUCCGACUUCAUCAUCGCCGACUCCCAGUCCGGAAAGGAAAUCGCGAGCCUGCGCGGCCACAAGGACUACUCGUUCUCUUCGGCGUGGCACUCGGACGGCCGCGUCGUGGCCACUGGGAACCAGGACAGGACGUGCCGGCUGUGGGACGUGCGCAACCCGUCGGAGGCGUUCGCGGUGCUGGAGGGGAGGAUCGGCGCCGUCAGGGGGCUCAAGUUCUCGCCGGACGGCAGGUUCCUGGCGGCGUCUGAGCCGGCCGACUUCGUCCACGUGUACGACGUCGCUGCCGGGUAUGCCCGCGCGCAGGAGAUCGACCUGUUCGGGGAGAUCGCCGGCGUGUCCUUCAGCCCGGACGACGGCGCCGAGGCGCUCUUCGUGGGCGUCGCCGACAGGACGUACGGCAGCCUGCUGGAGUUCCGCAGGCGGCGCCGGCACGGCUACCUCGACUGCUACUUCUGAAGUACAGCAUAACAAGCUGCAUUCGGCGUGCCAAUCUUGUGCUGCUAAGUACGGAAGAGUCGGGCCGGGCAAGACAUGAAUUUCGCCAGUUUUUUUUUUUUUUUUUUUGCCGAGGUGGUGUGUUCGUGUUGGCUAGCUCGAGGUUGUUGCCUGUAGGCUGUAGCUGUGGUCGCCUCGUCAUGUCGUGUGUAUACUGUAUGUAGAGUCUGCUGCACUUAUGCUGAUGUAUCUAUUAGCUUUGGUUUUUGUGAGGCUAAUGCAUCGAUACGCGACUUCCAGCAAUCUUUUAUUUAAAAUUAACGUUUUAUUUGUUUAAAA